AGGCGCGAUCGUCUACAGCAGGACGCCAUGAGAGCAACGGCUCUUUGUUUUCUCUUGGUGCUUCUGGAUUCUGCUGAAGCUGCAGUCUUGGUCAGAGUUUCUCCCAAAAGGCUGCAGUUCUUUAAAUAUGACAGUUUUUCUGUGAGCUGUGAAUACCAGGAGGAACCAAAGGAAGCAGCCCGUUGGAGAGUGAUGAAAAUGACCCAGGAUGGAGAGCUUCACCCAUGUUCACCCCUUUGCUCCAUCCAUGAUGCCUUCCCUGCCACAGACAGUGGAAAAUACUGGUGUGAAACGGACCUGGGAACCAACAGCAGUGAAGUCAACAUCACUGUCACAGCCGGUUCUUUGAUCCUGGAGGCGCCGGUGCGUCCUGUAACCGAGGGAGAAGACGCCACUCUGACCUGCAGAUGCAAAGAUCUCAUACCAGCCUGUGGAUAUAAAGCUAACUUCUACAAAGACAGUGUCCUCAUCGAGAGCAGUUUCCCGGGAAACAUGACCAUAACCAUCCAGAACGUUUCCAGAUCUGAUCAAGGACUCUACAAGUGUUCCGCCUCUGGGUUAGGAGAGUCUCCAGAGAGCUGGAUGACCGUCAGAGCGCCCCCUGGGGGUCACCGCAUCCCGGUGCCAAGUCUGGAUUCUGAAAUGACAUUUCUGUCUUGGUUCAGACUCCUGCGCCAUCUGCUGGUGGCAACUCCCUAUCUGCUGUCCACCAUCUUACUCGGACUCAUAUUUAAGGACCGGGGGAGGAUGGAAAAAGUGACUGAAGAGCAAAGCGAGCCAUGAAGGUGUCGAAGCGUCAAUGUGGUCAACGGCUGGAGGCUGAUGCUGCCAUGACGCCGGACAAACAAACGCGUGAAGACGUUAGCAUGCAGAAGAUCGCACAUCAGAGAGACUUUAAUCUAUGAAAAGAUGACCUGACAAGAAAGACUGGAUUGAAAAUAAUUCACCUUUUUAUGCCUUUGUCGUUUUUCUGUGCAGCUUCCAAACUGCUGCUGCAUUUUGAUAUGAAUGUCAAAUUUACAUAAAUGUCAAAAACCACC